AUGUUCAUGAGUAUGUUCCAAGAUGAUGAGCGUGGCGAGUCGGCCAACGGAUCACUCCAGCCGGCUGCCACGUCAGCAAAUACACCAGGUCAGGCCACACUCUCCCCAUCCUCCGCCCUCAUCCUCGCCCCACCCUUUCCCCAUCCUCUUCCAUCCUCCCCCCAUCCGAUUCCUUUCCCAUCCCUCCCCCCUCCCCCCCCUCCUCCCCUCCUCCCCUCCAUUCUACACGAUCUGCAGCAGACCAGCCGGGCUGCCUCGCAAUCAGCAGCAGCACGGGCCGUUGAUCGAACCCGAUCCAACGGCUCCACAGCAGCGGCAGAAGCACAACCAAGCACCGCCACAGAUGGCAAGGGCAAGCGGGUAGCUGACGGUGUGAAGGCGCAGCAGAGAGGAAGAAGAUCCGUGGUGGGGAAUGGGAGUGUGGUGCGGAGUGGGAGUAGAGAAGGAAGGGAGGAGCAACAACAGGAGGAGGGAGAGGAAGAAGGGGAGGAGGAGGAAGAGGAGGAGGAGGACGGGGAGGAGGAAGAGGAGGAGGAGGGGGAGGAUGGGGAGGAGUUGGAAGAGGAAGACGAGGAGGAGGAAGAGGAAGAAGUGGAGGAGGAAGAGGAGGAAGAGGAGGAGGAGGAGGAGGAGGAGGAGGAGGAGGAGGAGGAGGAGGAGGAGGAGGAGGAGGAGGAGGAGGGUGGGGGUGUGAGUGGUCCGGAAGUUGUAGUGUUUCAAGAGGGGAGUAACCUCAAGAAGAAAGCAACACGUGUCAAGCUCCUAUUGGGUGGCCAGAUCAGCAGCAGGAAGGAGAGAAAGCUCUUCAUGCACUUCCCUUCCUCUUUAUGUGCCUUCUCCCCACCCUCUCUCAACCCCACAACCCCCCUCCUCCCCCUCCACCCAAACACAUUCCCGCCACAUCCGAGGGAUCCCAACGCACCGGUGGAGGAACCAGAGGGGAGGAGAAGGAGGGGCAGAGGGCGGGCGGUGAAGAAAGAGGAGGAGGACGAGGAGGAGAAGGAGACGCGGCUGCACAUGGAGGAGUACAUUGCGAUUGCGAGGGAGACAGAGCGCUUGAGGGAUCUGGGGAAAAGAAAUGAAGCACAAGUAAGAGGGGAGCCAAACCACAUUGUGCGGCAUCUGGGGGUGAAGGUGGGAGGGGGUGUGCGUGCGUGUGUGGAUGUGCAUGCGUGUGUGGAUGUGCAUGCGUGUGUGGAUGUGCAUGCGUGUGUGGAUGUGCAUGCGUGUGUGGAUGUGCAUGCGUGUGUGAACAUCGUGGUUACAAAAGCAUCUUGGCUCCUCGUGGCUUGUCACUCUUUUUCCUCCCUUUCGACUGUGCCGCUCUCUCCCCUUCUCUUCCCCCCCCCCUUUCUUCCGCCCAAGCGCAUGAGCAUGAACAUUGCAGCCACGGAGGGGUAUCGGUCAGUGCAGAGGAAGAAACGGCUGCGAGAACUUGAGGAGGAAGUUGCUUCUGGGAUGAUCCAAGUGAAGGGAGGGAAUCCUCACGACAAGAAGAGCAAGCACAGGAGGCUGGGGCAGGGCACCCUUGCCCGGCUGCUGGCAGAAGAGGAAGAGGCCAAAGAAAGAAGAGGCUGGGCUGGAGAAGUUGCCUCUGGAAUGCUCCAAGUGAAGGGAGGGAACCCUCGUGACAAGAAGAGCAAGCUCAGGCGGCUGGGCAGGGUACUCUAG